AUGCAACUUGGCGCAGCAGCAGCCGGUGCGAACCCUGAAGCUGGCCAGCCUCGAAAAUCCACCGCCGCGUCUCGGAAGUCGGCCUACCUGAAGAUCGGGGAUGCCAACCCCGCCGAUUUGCAAAAGACGAGAUCCUGCCUAGAACCAUUGCGGCCAAGCAAAGCAGCCUUUGGGAGGUGGCUUUCAGUGGCUUUCCCUCACGCUUCGUCGACGCUGAGCCCUACCGCCAUCUCACUGCGAUCACUCUGGCUUCAUCGGCUGCCGUCCGAAAUGUGGCCGCGCCAUCCUGCCUCUGAAACCGCCGGCCAGCGUGCCCAGGCUCACGACGUCGACGACCGUCCGCUCAACGCCGACGAAAAGACACCCGCAGACGCUACUGCUACCGACAAGAAGCGCAGCAGCGAUGCGAUCAACAAGCAGGACGUCAUUCGAUUCGCGCCGCUCUCGAUUCCGCGCAGCCGGCGGCUGCAGACGGCGGGUGUGCUGUUCUGGGCGCUGCUGCUGCCCAUCUGCUUGAGCAUCUUCUUUCUGCUGCUGUCGAUACCCUACGCGUGGCCGAUCUUGAUACCCUACCUAAUCUGGAUCAACUUUAUCGACGAUGCGCCCGAGAACGGCGGGCGUCGCUUCUCAUGGGUGCGCAAGCUGCCCGUCUUCCGCUACUUUGCCGAGUACUUUCCCAUCUCGAUGAUCAAGACGACCAACCUGCCCGCGGACCGGCCGUACAUCUUUGGCUACCAUCCGCACGGCAUCCUCGGCGUGGCUGCGGUCGCCAAUCUCGGCACGGACGCCACCGAGUUCCCCGAGAGCUUCCCCGGCAUCACGCCGCACCUGCUCACGCUCGCGACCAACUUUACCAUCCCGCUCUUUCGCGACUGCAUCAUGGCCAUGGGUCUAUGCAGCGUGUCCAAGCGCAGCUGCGAGGCCAUCUUGCGCAAGGGCAAGGGCAGCGCCAUCGCCAUCGUCGUCGGCGGCGCCAGCGAGUCGUUGGCCGCCCAUCCGGGCACCGCCGAUCUCACGCUCCGCAGGCGCCUCGGAUUCAUCAAGAUCGCCAUCCGCAACGGCGCCGACCUCGUGCCCGUGUUUUCGUUUGGCGAGAACGACGUGUACGAGCAGCUCUCCAACCAGGAGGGCACCAAGAUCUAUGCUCUCCAGAAGCGCUUCCAGUCGUUGUUCGGCUUCACCCUCCCCUUCUUCCACGGCAGAGGCCUGUUCAACUACAGCAUCGGCUUGAUGCCCUACCGCCAUCCCAUCGUCAGCGUUGUGGGCAAACCGGUGCAUGUCAAGCAGAACCCCAACCCGACCAAGGAGGAGAUCGAAGAGGUGCAGACGCGCUACAUUGAAGAGCUCAUGAACAUCUGGGAGACGUGGAAGGACGCCUACGCGGCCAACCGCACCAAGGAGCUCACCAUCGUAGCCUGA